CAAUAAGUGGAAAUCUCAAGAGGCCUGGCGUUUACAUCAGUGAGAACCGUUUCACAAGGGUACUCUGCGUCACUCACCUCUACUCACAUUUGAGUUCUUGAACAGAACCACGUCCAUCUUCCAGUUUUUUUUACUGCAUAGCUAUCCGAGAUGGAGCUAAUCCUGACAAUCUUCUUCACCUUCGCACUGUUCUACACAGACACACUACAGUGCUACACUUGUGAGUCUGAUGAGUGCAACGGAACAACGUUAGAGAUGUGUUCUGGAGGAGAAGUGUGUUCCACUAUGACAACAGUAUUUGGUCAUUUAGGCACCAGAGUCUCUAAGGCAUGCACAACGAGAGAGGAAACCUGUGUAUUCAUGGAUGCAACAACAAACAUAUCAAUCAGUGGUGGAUAUUCACACACCUCCAACAGCAUGUACUGCUGCAGCACGGACGGCUGUAACAAGAAUACUCUCCCAGUGCUCAGUGACAAGCCCAAUAAACUACAAUGUUACACCUGCAAGAGUAAAGAGGAUCAAGUCUGCAACACAAUUGUACAAUGUGUUGGAGUUGAAGACCACUGCUUCAAACAUACAGUGCCCGCUGGUGAUGGAAGUAAUGAUGGACGACACCUGGGCUGUGCCUCCGCUGAUGUAUGCCGCUGGCCCGAGACAGCCCCCUCUACGUCUAACUUCAACUGCUGUGAAGGGAGUCUGUGUAACAAAGCCAUGGGGAUGGGACUGAGCUCUCUCCCUCUUCUGCUGGGACUCCUCAUCCUCUCACUGGUCUAGUUAGUGGGAGGAUUCAUGUCAUCCCAACCGUUAAGAGUGAUAUGUGUCCACAAGAUCAGGAAAUGUUGGAGGUGAAUUUGUUAGUAGGAAUUAGGAAGGAUGAUGAUUUGUAUAAUGCUUUUAAAAUAAAUAGUAAAAAGUAGACCGUUUUAAUAUCUUUAAUUUGGCACUCUACUCUGUAGUGGGAUAUGAUUUUCAUGGAACGUCUGGGGGUCUCGGUCAGCCUCACCUCAGGUUUUCACCCCGAGAGUAACGAGCAGGUGGAGAGAGUCAACCAGGAUGUGGGUAGGUUUCUACGGUCAUAUUGCCAGGACCUGCCGGGGGAGUGUGCGGCGUUCAUCCCCUGGGCAGAGAUGGCCCAAAACUCACUCCGCCACUCCUCCACUAACCUCUCUCCUUUCCAGUGCAUACUGGGGUAUCAGCCGGUUCUGGCACCGUGGCAUCAGAGCCAGAUCGAAGCUCCUGCGGUGGACGAAUGGUUCAAGCGCUCGGAGGAGACCUGGGACGCCGCCCAUGUGCACCUACAACGGUCCGUGAGGCAGCAAAAAGAGGGCGCUGACCGCCACCGCAGCGAGGCCCCGGUGUUCGCACC